GACGUGAAUUGUAAAGCUGCCAAUACCUAUAUGGUUGUUACCAUUGGCGUCCCAUUCCCGUUCAUGUGCACUACAAUAUGGACCGCCCUGUAUAAGCGUUCGCGUAGGCGUCGCUGGUUGUUUCUUAAUUGGGAAAAUUGCCCAUAAUCUAGGUCGGAGAACGCACAUGUCGCUUUCAUAUAUUUUUUUCCCCGCCGUUUAAAAAUAGAUCCGCGACUUUGUGAUAAAUGUUCGUUUUAUCGGGAUACAAAUAGAACUACGAUGUCGCGUCUUUCGUCUCUAUAUUUACGUUUCGGAUUAACAUGUUCUACUCGACUCUUUCGAUAUCUGUUCUUCGACCAUUGGCGCGUCGCUAUUGACCCAACCCGUCCCUGGCGAGGGAAGCAGCAGAAAUCGAACUCCACGGAAAGCACCAGUCUUGCGCGUUAUCGUCUUAUAGUAGGAAUACAAAAGUCUCGUUGCGACGAGCGUGUGUGUGUGCGUGCAUGUUAUUGUUUACGUUUGUUUGAAUAAUAAGUGGUUAUAUUUGAGCACGCGACGUGCAUUAAAGCAGGCGAGCCAAACGCACUUCUAGGACGGCAGUCGUAAAAUCGAAGAGACCGGGCAAUGGCGGCCGAGUGCGGCAUUUUGAAAGGUCCCCGAAGCAAGUACCCGAAAAUCACGAAAAGUGUCGGCGAACUAUUUUUCGAUCAGGUCGAGAAAUUGGGCGAGAAAAAUUGCCAGAUCGACGCGGACACGGGCAAGUCCGAAACGUAUCAGGAGGUCAAAACGCGCGCCGUAAGAGUGGCGAUCCGCCUGAAGGAGAUCGGCCUACGUGAAAACGACGUCGCAAUGGUUUGCUGCCGGAACAACCUGGACGACAUGAUCCCAGUACUCGCCACCCUCUUCGUCGGCGGCUGCGUUUCCUCCAUCGACCCCAAGGAAACCGUCGACGACGUGAAACAUGCCUUCGCAGUCGUCGCACCUCGAUACGUCUUCGUCGAAGAGGAUUCUGUCGCGCUGAUCGAGCAGAGCGCCGGUGACGUCGUGAAUCCACCAACGAUCAUCGUCAUCGGGUCUUCCACCAAGUACCGGAACAUGGCGGAUAUGGAGACGCCGGCCGAAAACGAGCAGACUUUCAGGCCGCUGAGGAAAAACGUCGAUGACAUCGCGGUCAUCGUCUUCAGCAGCGGCACCACGUCGUUGCCGAAAGGCAUAGCGAUCUCGCACUACGGCAUGUUGCACGGGUUCUUGGCGUUGGUUCGCGAAAUAGACAACUGUCGACCGGAUGUGAUGGUCCAUUUCGCUUCGCUCUUCUGGAUCUCGGCAGUGCUGCUGACCGGCAUCACUUUGGUCACCGGCGGCACCAAAGUGAUCGCCCCACGAAUUUCGGCUGCCGAUUUGCUGCGCGUCAUCGAACGAUACAAGGUGUCGUUUAUAUUCAUGUCCAACACGUACACGUACGAAAUAACCGACCUCAAGCAGGAAGUGGUAAACCGGUACGACACAUCGUCGUUGUACUCGAUUAUCAUCGGCGGGUCGACAAUGAACCCGACCCAGCUUAAGAGAAUUAGAAAUACCCUGGUGCACACCAAGGUGACUGUAGGCUACGGGUCCAGCGAGACCGCAGCGGUCUCUUCGUUCGACUUGCGAGACGCGGAAGCGUACGAGAAAAAGGUCUUGUCUUCCGGCAAGGUUCUAAGCGACGUCGAAGUGAAGAUUGUCGAUAUCGAAAAGCGUGCAGUUCUAGGCCCCAAUCACCAAGGGGAAAUACUGGUCCGAAGUCCUUAUCUCAUGAAGGGUUACUACAACAUGGAAAAGCCUGACGCCUUCGACGACCAGGGUUUCCUCAAGACAGGCGACAUCGGGUACUUCGAUGAAGACGAAUACCUCUACGUUACCGAUCGCAUCCACGAGGUGUUCAAGUAUCAAACGUCACAGGUGUCCCCCGUUGCAAUCGAGAGGGUUCUCGCAGAACACCCGGCCAUCAAGGAGGCGGUCGUCUUUGGGGUGCCACACGAGGUCGACAGGUUUCAUCCUGCGGCGUGUAUCGUGCUCAAAAAGGACUCAAGCGUGGACGUCCAAGAAGUUGCAGAAUUUGUUUCGGCGAGGGUAUCUGAUAAAAACAAAUUGAGAGGCGGUGUUAUAGUCAUAGAUAGGAUACCGAGGACCCCUACCGGCAAAAUACAGCGCAGAUCUAUACGGGAUUACUUUCUGAGAUGUCGCGAUGGAUAAGUUUUUAAUUACUGCAAUAAGAGAUGGCAAUUUUUUUAUAGCCCCAAUGGUCAAUUUACCACCAAAACUUGUGUCAUAUUAUAUAAAUUACUCAGGAUAACUGUUCUAAUUGAUAAUGGGAUGAUUUUUUAAAUUUUUAUA